AUGUCGAACACAGUCGACCAAGUCGAUGUUCUGAUUAUUGGUGCAGGCCCGGCAGGACUGACAGCAGCCAAUUGCUUCAAUGGCAGUAAUAGAUUACGAGUGCGAGUGAUUGACAAAAAGUCCGGAACUGUGGAGACUGGUAAAGCAGAUGGACUGAAAAGCAUUUCCCUCGAAGUCCUCGAUACAUUCGGGAUCGGUGAUACAAUCCGUAAUGAGUCUCACCGUGUCGAAGAAGUUGUUCUCUGGGAACCUGAUGGACAAGGAGGAGUCGAGCGGUCUAUGACUAUUGCAGACCGAGUUCCAGAACUGGGGAAACCUAGGGAGAUGACUUUGGACCAAGGUCGAAUCGAGCACCAUCUGGUCGCAAACCUUGAGCGACACGGGAAUGUCGAAAUUUCCUGGCAGACGCAGCCUGUCGACUUGCAGAUUAAUCACCGACAGGCCGAGAAUCCCCUUGCAUAUCCCAUUACUGUAAUGAUGAAAGAUUCAGGACAAGAGACCUCGCAGACACAACUCAUCCAGGCCCGAUACGUGAUUGCCUGCGAUGGGGCUCGUAGUUGGACCAGAAAGCACCUAAAAAUCCCUUUAAGGGGUGAUCUCACAGAUUCAACAUGGGGUGUGAUGGACGCCGUGCCAAAGACAAACUUUCCCGAUAUCCGCAAGGUGUGUGUCGUUCAUUCGGCCCAAGGCACGAUCAUGGCAGUUCCUCGCGAGAGGAAGCUGGUCCGAUUUUACAUAGCGAUGGAUGGAACAGGCCUUGACGUUCCAACCGCGUUGUCCCAAAAGACCUUAACCGUUGACCACGUGGUGAAUGCUGCACGCUCCAUCUUCCAUCCAUAUACUUUUGAAGUGGGUGAGGUGGCGUGGUGGUCAGCAUAUCAGGUCGGUCAGCGCGUCGCAGACAACUUUUCCAGGAAUGAUCGUGUCUUCCUUGCCGGUGAUGCAGUCCACACACAUUCUCCGAAAGCGGGCCAGGGGAUGAACACUAGCAUUCAAGAUGCCUAUAAUAUUGGUUGGAAACUGCGCUUCCAUCUCGAACAAAAAUGUUCAAAAUCUCUCCUUGCAUCCUACGAACAGGAAAGAAGGCCCAUCGCCCAGCAGUUAAUUAACUUUGAUCGUGAAUACCUUGAAUUAUUCGCCAAUCCAAACUUGCAGUUUGAUGAAUUCUUGAAUGCCUACCAAAAAGCUAUGAGGUUCACCACUGGCAUUGGGAUCCGAUAUGCACCUUCGUUGAUUGUUCAGUCUCCUCCCAUGGAAGAGAAGACUGAUAAUACAGCAAAGGCAUUCGCGCCCGGAAUGCGACUACCUGACUUCCAGAUGGUCAACCAGGCAGACGGUGUGCCGACAACUCUUUAUCACCGGAUGACCAUGAAUGGCCAAUUCCGUCUUUUGGUUUUCGCAGGAGACAUCGCGAUACAGCCUGUGUAUCAUAGAUUGCUGGAGUUUGGGCACUGGUUGACAGACUUCCUGCGCGUGAACCCGGGUAUUGAAACAAUAAUUGUUCAUUCCAGUAAGCGGGCUGAGAUUGAAUUGAUGGACUUACCCGAUGUCUUCCAUCCAUGGAAUGAUGCUGAUGGCUGGGACUACUGGAGAGUCUACGCCGAUGACGAGAGUUAUCACGAUGGCCAUGGGCAGGCUUAUCAGCGCUGUGGGAUUGAUCGAGAUGACGGAUGUGUGGUUCUCAUGCGCCCGGAUGGUUAUGCAAGCCUCAUUUGUCGGAUGGAGCAGACGAGCCAGAUCUCGACCUUUUUUGAGGGUCUUUCUUUGGGAAUCCCCGAGAAGGUCAGUUUUUCAGCCAGACUUUGA